AAUGAAAAGAUUAUAUAGUUUAGCAAUGCUAUUAUUGUUAGUUUCAGCAACUACAGUUACAAAGUAAGAUAUUGAAUAGUUAACUAAUAUAGUAAUUAAGGUGUUAUGGAUUCAUAUGUUAAUCCAGGACUGUAAUCUUCAAUAGAUGAAUUAACAUAAUCAAAAAUUGGACAUAUGGUUAUUGAUUUAGCUGAAGUUACUAUGAGAGUUACUGGAGCUGUUGAUUCAUUAGUAGAAGGAGUCAAAGCCUUUGGUCGUUAAAUUGAAGAGAGAUUGAAUUUGGAAAAUACACAAUGGGAAGUUGUUGAAAGUGAACAUAAUGCUAAAGUUAUUUCACUUAGUUCAUAAGCUAAUUAAGCUGAAUUUGAUAUUAAUAGAGAAAAGAAAGUAUUAAAUUCUGAAUUGAUUCCAAGACUUCAUGAAUUAGAUGAUGUAUUUAUUAUAAUCUUAAACAAAUUAAUAGAUCUUAUUAGGACUUAAAGCUAAAUAAACAGAUAAUGCAUAAUCAUUUAAAGAAGCUGAAGCUGCUAGAAAUUCAUAACAUGAUUCAUUUGUAUUAACAACAACUGAAUUUACUGAUGCAUUAAGAAAUAUUGAUGAAGCAUUAGAUUUAUUAAGUGAUUUAUUUAAAAGUGGUGAAGUUAGAGCUGCAUUCAUUGAAGUUACUGAUGAAUAAAAACAUAAAGUUAAUAAAGCAUUAAGAUAAGUCAAAGCUAAUACUGAAAAUUUUGGUCAUUAAUAUUCUUCAUUUAUUUAAGCAUUAACUAAUUUAACUGAAGGAUUCAAUUUCAAAGAUAGAUAAGUUUUAAAGGAAAUGUGUGAUUUCUUAAAUAGUUUAAGAUUGAAUAUCUUUGAUGCAUUAACUAAAGCUUAUAAAGAUGAAGACAGUUAAAAAUAAUAAGAUGAAUUAAGAAGAUAAUAAUUAACAUCUGAAAAAGCAGUAUUUGAUUAAUAAUAUGCUGAUUUCUAUUAAGAAAGAGAAGAUAAAACUGUUAGAAUAUCUGAUGUUCAAACUAUGAUAUCAACUAGAGAAGCUGAUCUUAAAGCUUAUUAAGAUAGAUUAAGAACUGAAAAUAAUAAUUAUUCAGCCAAUCUUAAAAUACAUGAUGAUAUUGUGGUAANAUUAAUAAUCUUCUUUCUAUUUGACUUCUUUAAGUCCAAUAUAAGUAUUGGUAUCAAUUAAAUUAGUCAAUAGAGAAUUCAAAGUGCAAUUCAACUCAAAAUACUACACUAAAACCAUUCAGAUCAAUUAUUUUACUAGGGAUUUGAAAUAAAGUAGAAGUUGUAUUAAUGAACAUUUAUUUUAAUCAUUAAUUACAAAAACGAAUUAAAUGAAAAGAUUAUAUAGUUUAGCAAUGCUAUUAUUGUUAGUUUCAGCAACUACAGUUACAAAGUAAGAUAUUGAAUAGUUAACUAAUAUAGUAAUUAAGGUGUUAUGGAUUCAUAUGUUAAUCCAGGACUGUAAUCUUCAAUAGAUGAAUUAACAUAAUCAAAAAUUGGACAUAUGGUUAUUGAUUUAGCUGAAGUUACUAUGAGAGUUACUGGAGCUGUUGAUUCAUUAGUAGAAGGAGUCAAAGCCUUUGGUCGUUAAAUUGAAGAGAGAUUGAAUUUGGAAAAUACACAAUGGGAAGUUGUUGAAAGUGAACAUAAUGCUAAAGUUAUUUCACUUAGUUCAUAAGCUAAUUAAGCUGAAUUUGAUAUUAAUAGAGAAAAGAAAGUAUUAAAUUCUGAAUUGAUUCCAAGACUUCAUGAAUUAGAUGAUGUAUUUAUUAUAAUCUUAAACAAAUUAAUAGAUCUUAUUAGGACUUAAAGCUAAAUAAACAGAUAAUGCAUAAUCAUUUAAAGAAGCUGAAGCUGCUAGAAAUUCAUAACAUGAUUCAUUUGUAUUAACAACAACUGAAUUUACUGAUGCAUUAAGAAAUAUUGAUGAAGCAUUAGAUUUAUUAAGUGAUUUAUUUAAAAGUGGUGAAGUUAGAGCUGCAUUCAUUGAAAUUACAGAUGAAUAAAAACAUAAAGUUAAUAAAGCAUUAAGAUAAGUCAAAGCUAAUACUGAAAAUUUUGGUCAUUAAUAUUCUUCAUUUAUUUAAGCAUUAACUAAUUUAACUGAAGGAUUCAAUUUCAAAGAUAGAUAAGUUUUAAAGGAAAUGUGUGAUUUCUUAAAUAGUUUAAGAUUGAAUAUCUUUGAUGCAUUAACUAAAGCUUAUAAAGAUGAAGACAGUUAAAAAUAAUAAGAUGAAUUAAGAAGAUAAUAAUUAACAUCUGAAAAAGCAGUAUUUGAUUAAUAAUAUGCUGAUUUCUAUUAAGAAAGAGAAGAUAAAACUGUUAGAAUAUCUGAUGUUCAAACUAUGAUAUCAACUAGAGAAGCUGAUCUUAAAGCUUAUUAAGAUAGAUUAAGAACUGAAAAUAAUAAUUAUUCAGCCAAUCUUAAAAUACAUGAUGAUAUUGUGGUAUUCAUAUCAAAUUUAUAUAGUCAUCUGUCUAAUAAGAAUUAGCAGUCUUAGCUAAAGCAUUGUAAGUGGUUUCAACUCCACCAUUCUUAGAUUUCUUAAAUGGAAGAAUUGCUAAAGCAUGAGUU